ACAAAAUAUGUAAGUGCCCUGAAAAAAUCGAUUGACGUUCCAUAUCUACAAACACUAAUCUAUAGAAUAAUUCCACAUCUACACCUGAAUAUUAUUCUUUUUUCCUGGCAAGGACACGGAAACUCCACCGAACCUCGCAAUUUUUUCGCUAUAUUUGGUGAACUCCCUUUUGUGCGUUAUGAGCUGCGGGCGAGCUGUCAUUGAUGGCUCAGCCGAAAUGUCGAACAACGGAGUAAGAACACAAAAAAAUAAGGUGGCUGGACAGAGCCCUUUGGAAUGGGACACACACACUCGAUUGGAACGGGGCACAAGGGUGAAAGUGUGGGUAGUGGAAAUUUUUCGAUUGAGCCAUUGUGAGUCCAUCAUAUGUACUUCCGUGGGCGGAGGAGGAGAUUGAGGAUAUUUACGUCGACGACAACAGAUGAUGUAACUGGAGCAGGUGAUCAGCUCACUGAGCUCACUCUACAUCCAGGUUGCUGGCUGAACUUGUUUGGCCUCGGACCUGGACGACGUGUAACAAUCGCGGUACUGUUUAUACAACAGACGAUGCUACGUUGAGGAGUACAGUACCUGUGGUGUGGUGGGAAGAGAGGACAGGCUUGGUGUGUGACCCCCAUGAUCCAGAAGAGCAGCCAUGCACAAUCCAUCACCUGAAGGAGUGGCAGAGUACCCUGACGGAUUCGCGGUGGCUAAAGAUGCCACUCCAGAGACAACGCUGGGCACUGCCUACUCUCCAGUGGACUACAUGAGCAUCACAAGCUUCCCCAGGCUGCCAGAGGAAGAAGUGAUGCAGGGGGACAUUGCCUACAAAUCUCGUAAAGAUGAUGACAACGUCCUCGGCGAACAAGAGACAGACCCAGACAUAUUUUUGAGGUCUGCUCGUCUUCAGCGUCUCCCGUCCUCAGCAUCUGACCUGGCCUACCACGAUACCGUGUCUUUGAGGGAGACAACCAAAGACCCUUUUACACAAGAUUGUGCUUGCCAGCGGGAUGGACUGAGUGUCAUCAUAACAGCCUGUCUCACCUUUGCCACAGGGGUCACCAUUGCUCUCAUCAUUCAGAUCUACUUUGGAGACCCCCAGGUCUUUCACCAAGGAGCGGUGGUGACAGAUGUGGCUCGGUGUACAUCCCUCGGGUUUGAGGUUUUGGGGAAGCAGGGGUCCAGCGUUGAUGCUGCCAUCACUGCUGCCCUCUGUUUGGGCAUUGUACAUCCUCACACCUCUGGUUUAGGAGGGGGUGGAGUUAUGUUGGUGCAUGAUAUCCGAAAAAAUGAGACAAGGGUCAUUGACUUCAGAGAAACAGCGCCGGCUGCCAUUCGGGACGGGUUACUCCAAACAAACCUUGAUCUCAAUCCCGGUCUGCUUGUUGGAGUACCAGGAAUGCUCAAAGGGAUGCAUCAUGCACACCAACUUUAUGGCAGAAUACCGUGGAAGAACGUGGUUUCCAUGGCAGCAGAUGUGGCCAGAAAUGGAUUUAAUGUCACUCAUGAGUUUGCUGAAGCUCUUGCAAAUGUUAAGGACCAGAACGUCUCGGAUGCAUUUCGGGAUCUCUUCUUACCUAAUGGCCAGGCACCUGUCUCUGGGUUAUCGAGCAGACGACUGGAUUUGGCCAGAAUCUUGGAUGCUAUUGCAGUUAAAGGGAUAUCAGAGUUCUACAGUGGAAACCUGACACAGGAAAUUGCUUCUACGGUGCAAGCAAGCGGUGGGGUGCUCACAGAAGAUGACUUUGGUAACUACAGCACAGUCCUAGAGCAGCCAGCACACAUCAACUAUCAAGGCCACCAUGUUAUGGUGACUCCGGCACCCCAUGCCGGUAUUGGCCUAAUCACAGCCCUCAACAUCCUCGAAGGUUACAACAUUACCAACCAGGUGCCCAGGAGCAGCACGUAUCACUGGACUGCAGAGUCAGUGAAAAUAGCUUUGGCCCUGGCAAGUGGCCUAGGCGACCCCAUGUUUGACACUUCAGUCUCAGAGACAGUCAGCAAGAUGUUGAGCAAAGCACAGGGGUCCUUGCUCCGCCAAAUGAUCAACGACUCUCAGGCCUUCCCAGUCAGCCAUUACACACCCUCGUUUAGUUUGGAGGAUGGUGCUGCAGCUGCCCAGGUCAUGAUUAUGGGCCCGGAUGACCACAUAGUCUCAGUUGUAAGUUCCCUAAAUAAACCGUUUGGCAGUCGGAUAGUGACUCCUUCAGGGAUCCUUUUGAACAGCCAAAUAAAGGCCUUCUCUUGGCCAAAUAAAACCCACAAUUCCAGACCUAACCCUCAUAACAGCCUCCAGCCUGGGAAGCGGCCAUUGUCCUUCCUGAUGCCCACUGUAGUGAGGCCAUCCAAUGGGGUGUGUGGUACAUACAUUGCGGUUGGAUCCUCCAACGGAGCGAAAGCUCUGAGUGGCAUCACGCAGGUGCUGCUAAAUGUUUUGUCCUCACGCAAAAACAUGAGUGACAGUUUAGCGUAUGGUAGAUUCCACCCACAGCUGGAGCCAGACACGCUGCUGGUGGACUCUGAAUUUCUAGAUGAAGAUGUUGAGCUGCUGCUGGCCAAAGGCCACAAGGUUGAGAGGAUAGAUGUUUUGUCAUUGGUGGAGGGCACCCGGAGAACAAAUGACCUUAUCGUUGGAGUGACGGACCCCCGUAGUGCUGAUGCCUCAGCCCUUGCAAUGUCCAGGACUUAGCCAUUGUCCACAAACACUGAUGCUUAUUAAUUUUGGACACCAAAUAAAUGGAAUGAUAAUGGACUAUUGUGGGUGAAAUCAAGCCACACGAAUGUGCAGUUUGAGAUGAAUUUGCAGCUGUUGCUUGGAUAGAUCAUUUUAACUCAGUAGUCCAAGAGAUCGUUGUUGGCCUGCUUAUCACAAUUUAAUAUAAUCUGUUCUUCUCCAAACAAUGCAUUACCAAUGUCUGCCAAGCACAUACUACGUAGAAAAUUUUAUUUAUCUGUUCCGAUUCAGGCAGUCAUGAUCAUUUACAGUUAAACACCUGACUACGGACAAUAAAUGUGAAAUGAGACAUGUAAAGUUUUGCAAACGGGAUUCUUUGAAACUGCCUGGGCUUCUGCGCACAUACAACAUUGUUGCUGUACAAGACCCCCCACCCCUUGCCUGGUACCUUUCCAAAAGUGUCUACCUCCCUGUAAUGCAAUUGAAGCCGAUAUUAAGAAUCAGAAUCAUCUUUCUUGACCAAGUACUGUAUGUUUCAAACACAAAUGAAUUAGUUUCUGGUAUCUGUAGCCACUCCACUAGUCCAGCAAACAAGCCAAUAUAACACAAUAGACAUUUAGGACAUGAGCAUAUACUGUCAGUAGAGAGUCAUUGAGCAAUGUUAGGGUACCAUUAGUGCUGUUAAAUUGACAACUGUGCAAAUGAUACUGAGUUGUUAAGCAUUUUAAAGUAAACAGUCAUGCAUAAGUCUGAUUCAAUAACAGUUGUGCAUAUGGUGCAAAGAUUUCUCAAGCACUUAAUAUGUGUUAAUACUGAUCAACAAGUCAACAUACAAGCCAAGUAGUUCAAAAAUGUUGCACCAGAGGAUAGCCACGCCAAAUCAAA